AUGGCUCUCAAGGACCUCCUUACCAAGUGCCUCUGCUUCUCUCAGCGUGGCGCUGCCCAAGAGGAGUCGGAAAAGCAGGAACCCCCAAAGCCUGUCCAGACGACCCAGAUUCCGUCUGUCAAGACUACCUCUCCUUCCUCCACCGCUGCUCCUGCGGCGACCAGAUCUACUCCGGCUCCAGUCAAGUCUACCCCAGCCCCGGCCAAGACCAUCCCUGCUGUUCCGGCUCCCGCCAAGAAGCCGGCAGCCAAGCCAGCGACAUCCUCGUCCCCAAGGGGAGGAAGCGGUGCGGGAACGGCAUCAAGACUCAAUCAGAACACGACGAUGAACUCUCUUCUCGCUGCUGACGCCGCGAUUAGCAGCACCCACAAGACCUCUUGCCACACAAGCAGUGGAGGAGGUGGCCACAGCAGCUACAGCAGUGGUGGUGGAGGCUAUAGUAGCUAUAGCAGCGGAGGAGGAGGAGGAGGCGGCGGCGGUGGAGGCGGCAGUUGUGGAGGGGGUGGAGGAGGAGGAGGUGGUGGUGGUUGCGGAGGCGGAGGCGGAGGAUGCUAG